GUAUGCGAGCUUGAGCGAAGCUGAGAAGGAGCAGUGGCGGCGACAGCGUAACAUCUGGAACGACCUGCCCUGCGACGUCCAGCUGCCGUCGUAUCUGUGCAUGGUACCGCAGCCGCCAUCUCCCGUCAUGCCACCCAACCGUGAUACUGCCCUGCUUGAGCUCGCUGUCACCGUGUCUGGGGUCCACUACAAUUUGUACGGGACGCUUCUGACGUGGAACGAGGCCAAGGCCUGGUGCGAGGGCAACGGCCAAAGCGUCCUAGCAGACUUCAUCUCGAGCUCUGAAUACUUGGCGGUUGCGCGGGCUGCCAGUCACUGGGUUCAAGCGCAAGCGGCCUAUGGCGAGCCGGUCAUACAGAUGUGGUCGGGUUAUAACGCAGUUUCUUACGACACAUUUGGGAACAAGCUUGUGCUUGUGGCCAACGGCAGUUCCGCUGCAUCCCAGUACUGGGUUCCCAGCGAGUACAUGUUUUCGGGAUUGCAGUCUUCCCCGGAGUGUGCAUCCAUUGUCUUCAGCACGCAAGCACAGGCCAUGUUUGCCCUGGCUAGCAACUGCAACGCCACGAGGAUGCGGCCGUUGUGCCGCUCCACCCGUGCUGCGCUUUCCUCGGCGACGCCAACAGGGCCUGCGGCGGGGCCGCUGCCGGUGCGGUCGCUGUACGAGCUGCGCCAGUCGGUGUCGUACCAGAUCGCCCGGGGCGCCUACGUGUACACGCUCCUGACCGACCCCGCCCUGAGGGCCAGCUUCAUGCAGGCCCAGGCCAUGUGCCAGUUCAUGCCUGGCGCGCCCGGGACCCUGGCGACCAUCUACACACUAGAAGACCUGAACUUUUUUGCUGACGUUGCCGCGCGCGCGGAGGGCGACGCGCCGAACGUAUGGGUUGGAGCCGGAGACUUCCUGUCCCCAGACUCGCCGUACUGGUCCAUCGCCAACCUGGACGUGACCGCGAACGGCCUGGCGCCUGGCUGGCUGGACGACCCUGACCGUGUGGGCAACGAGACCGCCGCCUGCGCCUUCCUGGACACCUCCGCCCGCCCGCCCCGACUGCGCCGCGCGGCCUGCAGCUCGCGCUUUGCGGUGCUGUGCAUGUCAUCCAAUGUGCGCGGUGCACCCCAGCAUGUGGCGCUGGCGGAGGUGACCGGCGACGGCCUGCCUGAUGUGGUUGUGGCCACCAACUGCCCCUGGGACAACGGCGCCUCGAUCAUAGCGCUGCAGCAGCCCAGCCCCAGCCAGGCUGUCCUGCAGGCCGGGCCGGACGCCGACACCCUCAUCACGCCCUCCAUGUCCGUCCGCAUGUGCGGCGACGGAAUCCCCAUCUGGCAGCGCGAGGAAUGCGACAUGGGCGUGGACGGCACCCGCAUCUGCGACGAGUCCUGCCGCGUCACUCCGCGCUACGUGGUGCACGCCAGCGCUCGCGAGGCGUUCAUCACCGUGGGCGACGGCGACCUCACGCUGGACCACUGGGGCGUCAACUACAACCUGUACGGCCAGGUCCGCGGCUUUAGCGACCUGCGCGAGGCGCCCACCGACCCGCUGCUCUACCCCGGAUUCUUUGCCAACAGCGCCGACAACGUGUGUCCCGCCAGCCAGCCCGUGCCCGUGCACCGCGUCAAGAACCUGGCGGCCGGCUACCCCUUCCAGUACAGGGCGUUCCUGCGAACGGACCUGUCAACGCCUGCGCUGCCGACAUGGACGGACGUUGAGUCGGCGUCCGCCUCGGACCCCUCCUUCACCAACGCCACCUCCUCCUGCGGCUGCACGCCCGACAACCCCGGCGGCCAGCCCGUCAACCUCACAGUGGCGCAGCAAUUCCAGUCCAUCGCCAUCAGCUGGGUGGUGGGCAGCGCCUGCGAGGCGGGCGUGUCCGUGACCCGCAGCCUCAUCAACCCGCUCACGGGGUUGCCGCUCAACACCACCACCGUGGCGCAGCUGUCCAUCGGGCUGGAGUGCAGCGCGCAGUACCGGCCCUCAAAGACGGAGAUCGACGAGGACAUCGUCCGAGAUGACCUGCAGGUCGGCCUGACCUAUCGCUAUUGUGUGGUGGUGGCAUCCGCCGCCUCCUCGGCCUACUUCCUCAACGCAAGCGACCCGCUGAACCCCGACCGCUUCGUGUCCCAGCCCGAGUGCCGCGACGUGACAAUCCAGUGGGCAGGCCGGCUGACCGGCGAGGUCCGAACCAAGUUUGACACGCCCGCACCUGGCAUUCGCCUGACUGCCCGCCUGAUUGGCAGUCCAUACGUGGUCAGCGGCAUUACGGACGACAGUGGGCGCUACGAGCUGACGCUGCAGACCAACGUGCCCAACUGCGACCCCAUCGUCGCUCCGGAGACUUGCGUCAACCAGUUGAUCAGGCUGACCGCCAGCUCGCGCACCAAGCUGCGCAGCGGCCGAAUCAUCCCACACCAGUUCUCCAUCAACAACCGCCUGGGGGCGGCACAGACGCUGGCGCUGGCACACCUGCAAGUACAGGAGGGUGUCCGUAUCCUGGAUGAGACGUCACUUCCCGUUGCGGGCUUUGUUAGAUGGCCGGGCACGCCCGCCAACUCGGGCUACAAUCAGCCACGCGGCUGUCCGAUCCGCGACGCCCAGGUGUGCGCCGUGAACCACCGUGACAACGUAACGAUCAGCUGCGCCACUUCUGACCCUGAUGGCUCCUUCCUGGUGGUGGCGGGCAUCGGGGCGUACGUGCGGCUGACCGCCAAGUACGGCAACCACUCCUUCGCCAUCAACAUGCCGGGCGGCCUGCCGGUCGAGGACACGGGCGCGUUUGAGAUCAUGGCGCCGGUGUAUGACGUUGACAUCCGGAACACGCAGACCCGCACGCUGCGGGUGGGGCUGGUGGGCGGGCUGUGCCGCUACGCGCUGGGCAAGCCACAGCUGCAGUUCACGGCCUACCAGUGCGAGGACCAGAGCGGCCAGCGACCGCUAUAUCGCCGCGUUGACUUGGACCCCGCCCAGCCGUACACCGACCUCGUCCUUCCUGCCCUGGCCUGGGAGGUGCAGUACGUGGACGUGAAGGACCCCAUCCCAGACCUCAACACGCAAGCCGUGUUUCAGUACCUGCUCAUUACCAACCAGAUCUCCAAAUUUGCCAACCUAAGUGCGAACACCGACUCCGCGGCGCCGCCCACGACGCUGACCUGGGAGUUCUUGGCGCCGAAUGACAUUGAGGUCGACGUGUGCCGCAACGUCAAGGGCAAUGCUGUGCUUUGCGGCGACAUGAGCCUCACACGCCAGUGCGCUGGAACCACAUCGGCGGCCGCCAUCAAGGCCGUGUACGACGCCUUCCAGCCGCCCGACAGCGCGCUGGUGGGCAAGGACGUGGUGCUGCUGAGGCGAGGUGCUCAGUACAAGAUGCGAAUGCGGCUUUUCGGCCAGUACGGCAGGCUGCGGUGCGACAACGUGUCAGCCAGCAUUUUCAUGCAGGACAGCAUCAGCGGGGAGGUGGAGACCAACAGGUGCAGCGUGAAGAACCGCGGGUGCAGCAAUGAGGUGGACUAUCAGACCAUCACCAACACCUCCGAGUACAUGUACGACCUAGUGCCGCUCGCCAUCAACUUCGGGGCGAUGACGGCAUACUCGUCGCCGCUGUCCAUUGUGGCGGAAAGCACCGGCUGGCCCUCGCGCUCCUUCCUGCUCUACUCCAUCGUGGAGGGCACGGAGGACCGGCUGGGCACGGGCUACAUCGAGGUGCCCAUCCCCGUGCCGCUGCUCAUUCUUCGCGACCCACCAGGCGACCGCUCUUACGCCACGCUGGACAGCUCCAUCUCCACAGCUGUGAAGCUGUCCAUGGUCAACCACGACCACCUCACAUGCGGCGGACCAAACGAAAAAGAAAUCCUGACCAAAGCGUUGCCGGUGCGUGUGAAUUUGCUGAAUGCACUACCAACGUACAAGUUCACCCGUAGUCCUGAGCAACUUGCCAAAGGCAUGGCAAAGCAUGCAGAAUAUGCGGCUUCGCUCACGGAGUUAAUGCCCACAGAGAAAUUGAAGAUAGGCUUCUUCAGAAAGCGCAUCAACCGGGUCAAGGAACUCUUCUCCAUGAGCAACAUCAAGAGGACCAUGGGUGAUGUGCUCAAGUCCUCUGAGCGCAAUCUGUUUAAGCUCCUGAAGGGAGGCUAUAAGUAUGCGACCAGUGCAAAUGACGGAGCCAGCGCUUACGACAGUGAUAAUGACCGUCCUGCCGACCCUGCUAAGCUGGAGCAGGGACGAGGUGGUGCGCUCACAUGGAGGGAGCUUGGGGCCGACCUGCCCAGCUCAGCUUCUGGCCAGCAAGUCCAAGACAAAGUCAAAGGGGUGAUUGAAGAGAUCUUCAAACAAGCUGACGCUGACGUGGACCCGGAGCUGGUGCUGGCGGGUCUCGAGCAGAUGCUGGACAUGGAUGAGGCCCGCCCGGAGGAGUUGAUGGCGCUUCUGGUGAAGAGGGUGGACGAGUUUGGAAAAGAAAUGGCAGCGAGCUCUCGGCCACUUGAUGUGAACCUGCGGGCACUCACAGUCGCCUUUUCCAAGGACCCGUACUCUAUGGGGCCAGGCUCAAGAUCCGUGAAAGGCAAAGACAGCGCUGUCCCAGAGUACUACCGGUCAGAAGCACCGGACUUUGAACUCAACCCAUCGGGGCUCGACGCAAUUCAGCCACAGUGCGCCAAGUCGACGCUUGGGAUCGGGUUUGACAUUGACAUGGGUCAAUGCGCUGGGCUUGGAGUGAGCGUGUGCGCUCCACUGCUGCGGGACCGCGGCCAGGCUGGCAUCGUGACUGAAAAGGCUUGGUACAACGAUGAGGAGGAAGAUAGUUCCUAUAAGCUUACCAUCACCCGCGCGGAGGGCUUCUCCACUCCCAAGGAGAGCACGCCGGAGCUGGUGGGUGGCGACGCCGACAUGAUCCUGGCGCCCACCUUCGCCAUCAUGUUCACGCUUCAGGACCGGCUGCAGUUCGACACCAAGACCUGCACACCCACAGCCACCAUGGGCAUCCCCGGCUGGAACGUGCGCGAGGACGCGCAUGGCACUGCCUGGCACAGCGUGUGGCACAUCAAGAACGUGGUCGUGCCGGAGCUGCAGAAGCGGUUGGCAGGCGAGCAGGCCAAAGCGGCGGCGGCGCAGAACCCCAGCGUCAUCAACAACCUGAAGGAGGGCAUGGCGGGCUGGCAGAACAUCCUCAAGGUCUACAACGACCUCAAUGCUCUUGCGACGGAACGCGAGGAGGAGCUGCCGUCCUACCAGCUGGAGCAGCAGGACGUGAACGGGCUGACUCAGGGCACCAUCGAGGGCAUCUGGCACACCACCCUGGACGACCACCCGGACAGGCACAUGGAGGCGUACGAGGGUCGCACCAUCGACUGGGAGCGGCUGGAGAAGUCGCCGGUGUGGAAGCAGGGCUACUUCGAGGGCGCGGAGAAGCUGCAGAGCCUGAUGCUGCGCACCCAGAGGUACAUGGACGCCUCGGCCACCCGGGGCAACGUGGUGUUGCGGCCGCACCAGAAGGCGGCGGUGGGCGGCAUCGUGGCGGGCAAGCAGCUGGACCAGCUGAACCGGGUGUACGGCACCAACUUCAACACCUUCUCCUUCAGUGGCGGAGGCGGCAGCUACACCUACAGCCUCACCUCGGCCAGCACGCUCAGCACCAAGAUAGGCUUCAGCAUCAGCUUCAAGGACAUGUUCGGGUUCCAGGGUGGCGGCGGCGGAGGCACAGGAUUCUGGAUGGAAUCGUAUGAUGAGAACCUGUACGGCUUCGAGCUGGAGUUCAACAGCCAGCUGCUGCAGGAGACGGAGCGGGAGCGGGUGGUGACGGUGCACUUUGAGGACAAGGACGUGGGGGACAGCUUCCUAGUCAAGAUCCGUCCCGACACGGCGUACGGCACGCCCAUGUUUGAGCUGCUGGCGGGGCGCAGCAAGUGCCCCUACGAGCCCGGCACGCUGCAGCGCGAGCUGGCGCGUGUGUCUGUGCUGGGCGGCCUGAACGUGCAGCAGAACAUCAAGCAGGGCGACAGCACCGUGUACGAGCUGCUCAUCGAGAACAGGAGCGGCACCGACGAGCCGGUGGCGAUGCAGCUGGGCCCCGACCUGGCCACCAACAACGCAAACAUGCAGCUGCAGCUCAUGGGAGCACCCUGGAUCGAGCCCGUGCCGUACAAGCUGCGCGGUCCCAUCGCCACCCAGACCAAGGCGGUUGUGACGGCCCGCUGCGGCCCGCGCUACCUAACCUCCGCCGUCGACAUCGUGUCCACAGGCACCUGCGACGCAGCCGAGUUUUCGCGCACGCCGCUGACGCUCAAGUGCUACAGCGUGUGUCCCGAGGUCCGCUGGCCCCAGGCCUGGCCCCUGACUGUGCCCCUGAUCUACAAUGCGACCGAUGCCCUGAACAAGAGGAACAUCACGCUGACGCUCUUCAACCCGAACUACGCCACCCAGAAGUGGGCCACGCACCCGCGGCUGGCCACAAACGUUACCAUGAUUCAAAUUGAGUACGUGAACACGGUCAGCAGCGGCGGGCUGUGGACUCCAGUGCGAAGCCUCAACGGGAGCGCUGUCAAUUUUGCCAAGAUUGAGGACGCCGCAUUUGGGUUCGCCACGUUCCAAUGGCCGGCUUGGCAGUUCCUGACCAGCGAGGGCGACUACCUGCUGCGCUACGUGGUGUACUGCGACAUCCUGGUGGGCGGCGGCAUGGACAGCCGCUACGAGGGCAGCCCCAUCUCCCUGCACGUGGACCGCACCACGCCCUGGCCCGUACACAACUCCCUCACGCCCUACGACAUGACCUACCUGCCGGGCGACGAGAUCUAUGUGGACUUUAGUGAGCCCUUGGACUGCCGGCAGCCCUUCGCCUUCUGGUGGCUGGGCUUGCAGGCCGACGGCCUCGCCAACCGUACCUUCAGCCAGCAGACAGGUGACUUCAUCCCCACCUGCUCGGGCCGGCGCAUCUCGUUCUCGUGGAACCCCUUCAACCGCCCCACGCCGCUGACCAACGGCCAGAACGUCAGCCUGCAGCUGGGCGGUGUGCGCGACCUGGCGGGCAAUGUGCAGACGCGCGCCGUCAACAUCACCUUUGUCACCGGCACACUCGCACCCAACGCGCCCAUCCGCCUCAACUUUGCCAUGGGCCCGCUGCCCACCACCGUGCGCCGCCUGCUCUUCGCCAACGGGCCGGGCGCCGCCGGCUCCAGCCUGCCGCACCAGCUGCCGCACCGCCUGGCGCUGCGCGACUACACGGAGGAGUCCCUCGCCGCGGAGCUGGCCUCGCGCCUGGCCGCGCGCCGCCGCCUGCUGGCAGAGCUGAACGCGCUGCUGGGCGAGUGCCUGGGGCCGUGGCCGCGCGGCCCCGAGGCGCCGGGUGUGGUGGCCAGCAGCGUGGUGCAGGACGAGGACGUGGCGACCAUGGUGGUGGAGCUGCAGGCGUUCGGCAUACUGGAGAGCGAGGAGGAGGACAGGGUGGGCUCGGGCGAGGACGCGGGUCUGGGCGGGCCGCGCAAGGACGCGGUGUGGGUGGCGGAGCGGCUGGUGGCGGCGGCCGCCGACAACACGUCGUGCCUGGCCACGCGGCUGCAGCGGGCGUACGCGCCGGUGCGGAGCGUGUUUGCGCACCGCAGCCCCGAGCGGCAGCUGCUGGACGGCUGGAGCAGUGAGGAGGUGGCGGUGGCGCGCAGGCGUGCAGCAGCCGAGGCGCGGGCCAAGGGCCUGCCGGGCGCCUGGCUGGGCGCGGUGCAGUCGCUGCAGGCUGAGGCGCAAGCAGCGGCGGAGGCGCUUGCGCAGGUGGCGGAGCGGGCCCUGAAGAGUAUGCUGGGUGAGCCUGAGAGCGCUGCAGCAGACCCCGGCACUGUAAGCACUGACGCUGCCUCAGACAAGCAAGAGCCGUAUGAUGGGGACAAGCAGCUGGUGGCGGCGGCUGGAGCAGUGGCCGCCGCCGCUGUGACGUCCGACACGUCAGCUGCUGCUCUCGCCCCUGCCCUGGUCUCCGGCAGCAGGCGGCAGGGCACUGGCAAUGAGGAGCAGCAGCCGCAAGUGGCGGCUGUGUCUCGCCGCAGCAUGGUGACGCAGCAGCGGCAGCAACGGCAGCAGCGCUCUGCUGGUGGGGAGGCCGCAGCAGCAGGCGAUGCAGGUGUCGCAAGCGGCAGCAGCUGGCUGUGGGCCCGUGUCGCCAACAGCAGCGGCGGCGGCGGGCGGGGUGUGCUGCUGGGUCUGCUGCUGGCAGGCAACCUGGUGGCGCUGGCGGCGGUGGCGGGCAUAUGGCGGGCCAGGAGGCAGCGUCGUCGCAACGUUGCUACGGCUUCGGCUGUUACGGCCUCUGUGGUAGUGCAGUAGUCAGCUGCCCGACAUUACAGCGCGACAUUACCCAAAACUGAGGCGCUCGUGUAGCAGGAUGGCAAGGCACUUGCGGAGCUAAAGGUCCUUUUUUGAUGCAUAAUCGUUAUUGCCUAUUGCAUGUAAAUAGGCGGCAGCGGCAGGGGUGUUGAGAGGUAGUGACGAAGUGCCGGGUGUCGAAGUCACUGAACACAUAGAGAAUGCCGCAAUGUGGUCGAACGAAGCAACGUCAUCUUCGCUGAACAAGCCCGCAUCCAAGCAUCAUACCAUGCACACGAACUGCAUGCAGCUCUUCUCCCUUUUUGCACAAUGGAUGUUACUAUCAUAUCGCAUUGGUGCAGUUACGUUUCCCCUUGCCGCCGCGGAGCCUUCAGUGUGACGAAGUCGGCGGUGGUGGCUUAAAUGCACUGCCGCCCAUGUCAUUGCGCGUGCCUGACAUUUUGAUGAAUCGGCUGUGCAUGCCAUCGCUGCCGGAGGUCGGUACAUACGGUGUGUGUGUCUGCACCUGGUUCAGUGCUGCUGGUGGGUGCCCAGUCUAGCGCCUGGGUCAUUAAAUUCAAAGCGUAUACAUAUGUCCGCAGCCUUUUCCUGUUCUCCUGGUCUCGGAGGUGGCUGCCUCUGGCCCCAUACAUAGUGAUGGUUAUUUUUUGUUUGCAGGUUUUGGUGCAUACCGCAAGCGGGUUAUCAUAGUGUGCACCGUGAUCCGAUUCAAUGUCCUGAAGGAUGUUCCGUCCUGAAAUUGUUGCGAACGUGCCGAAAGUGGUAGUAAUUGUAGAGGGGCUCUGCCUGCUGUCACACCUACCGUUAGGUCCGACCGGCGUACGGGGUUGCAGUGGCAGUUUCCUGACAUGCAACCGCGCAUUCGCGCAGUGAUGGCGGCAUCUGGCACUUGACACAUGGUAGGUUACAGACACCGCGGCCUUUACAUUGGCCAGCCAUCAGCGCCAUCGAGGCCUGUGUGCGAGCGGUUAGGGCGUCGAGCGUUGAAAGGGAGUGUUGAGCGGUUGAAGAAACCCUAGUACAGCCUUCUUGUUUUAGCUUUACGAGUUAAAUUGGUACUCGCUCGGCGCGGAUUGGAAACGGACUGAGAAGGCGCCCGGCCCCACUUGAGGCAGGGCUGCUAUGCGGUCGUCAUGGGCCGUCCUUCCACCCCGUUUGUGAACUCUUAGUACGCCGGUCUGCUUGAUACGUGGAUGCAUUCAUUUUAAGAUUGUGCCCUGCUGCCGCCGCUCGGUCGCCAUAGCCAGGAGGGCGGGGGUUCGGAAGCAACGUGUUGAGACUUGACAACUUUACUGCGCAACAGGUGCAGCGCGUGGGUGCAGCGCUCACCGCUAAUUGG